AUGAAUCCUCAGGCUCCAGAACCACCUCGUAGAGGCCAGAAGAGUUGUCCAAAGGUGCAGCCUCCACCAUACAGUCCUGAGUCCAUGAACCUCGAUGUCAGUACUCUAGUUCCCAGCUUUUCAUCGCAGAAAGGCGGUGGGAGGUUCGGAUUUGCAGCUUCGACCACCACACCCAUUGUUCCUCCUGGUGUGGAGCCCAGUCCUCAAGCCUCUAACGACUCAUACCUCGCUAUGGGAAUGAAGGUUACCAAAAAACGCAAUAUGAAUGCUCUUAUUGAUUAUGCUCAGAGUUCCCAACAUCCACUUACUGCUACCUUGUCAGAGCACAACCUGGACCCAGCCCUAUGCAAGGAGGAUGGCAUUAGCCAAACACUUUGUGCAAGACUGGUAGGAUCUGACCUGGAGGAUAGUGAAUCCGGCAGUAGCGCUACUGACAUUGAUGACAUUGAUGAUGCAGAAGAUGAAGAAGACAGAGACGAAGGAGAUAAUAAUGAGUCACAGCAGUUUGGUUGGGGGGAGGCUCAUCGAUGGCACAAAGAACACCCAGGAUUUUCAGCUGAAGAACUACCCACUCAGGCUCAAAUUGCUCGCCCUCUCAUGCCAGAGUUCAAAUUCCAAUACUCAUGCGAUGAAGAUGACGACACUUCCCAGAUGCAUCUCAACAACACCAACCAGUCUCUUGGCACCUUGCCAGGAGUACAGAGGGAACAAUUGAGCCCUAAGACUACUACCUCGAACUUCCCUGAUGAUGUAUUGAAGUGCCAUCACAAUAAAAACAUUGCUGAAUCAAGUGGCGGAGUUGGUCGAGAACCAAGAAAUCCAAGGGAUCUGAAAGAGGUUAAAGGAGAGUGUCAUGCUCAGCAUGCCCUGGAAAACCCUUUCCCACCUUUAGUCAAGGGGAUGCUGAGAACCAUCUCUGAGGUUCUAGUUUCAGUUUUGGUCACAUGGGACAAGAGUGGUAGACAAUUUGAGGCUGGGGUUUGGCCGGAGCAGCAGUACAAUAUGACAUGGUUGUUGUACAACGACCUGUUGACUUGGCGAUCAGAUCUAAAGAAAACUGCAAUAAGCAUUGCACCAUUAUCCUACUCACUUUUGCCUCCACCUUCCGUUCCUCCUCAACAACAUGCAACUUGGGUCGAAAGGGCCACUAAAGAUUUACUCAAGGGUGGUUCAUUUUUAUGGUUCAGAACAGACCAAAAUUUCCACUGCGUUUUUGAUGGUUUCAAGAAGAACAGGAACAGUAAAUGUUAUCCUAAUUUUUCCUCGAAGGAAUACUCUCCCAUCUACCACAAAUUGAUCCAAAUUAUCAAAGACACUCUCAAGGACGACUAUCAUGGCCCUAGAUUGUUAGCACAACUUCGAGAAUGGGCAGAAGCUGAAUGGGCUGAAAAUAUCAAGCUUGACAGUGGCGCAGCAAAGACGAAACACAAUGAUCUCUAG